UCUCUCUCUCUCCUCUCUCUCUCUCUCUGUAUAUAUAUAUAUAUAUAUAACGCACCCCCUUCUGUUUCCGAACAAACCAAAUUAAGCUUCAUUUAUACAUUCUCUCUGGUUCUCUGAUAUGGGAGUUCCGGUGGGUUGCGCCGAGCUCGUUUUCCCGAAGCUUCUCAUCCAGAUCCUUGCCGUAUUUGGAUUCCUCAGAACAAUCACAUCGUUCCUCCUUCGCUCCGUGGGCCUCCCCGAUUUCCUCGAACCGGACAUUCAUUACUUCUGGGAUUCUCAAGAGAACGCGUAUUUUUACCCUACCCGACUGCCCGAAUUCGAGUCGGCGAGCUCGGUCCUGAUCCGAGAGAUGCUGCCGGUGGUGAAGUUCUCGGAGCUUGAGGCGGCGCCAGAGAGCUGCUGCGCCGUGUGUCUGUACGAAUUCGACGGCGACGAUGAGAUCCGACAGCUCACAAACUGCACGCACGUAUUCCACCGAGGAUGUCUAGAUCGUUGGAUGGGAUACGAUCGGAGAACGUGUCCGUUGUGUCGAGCACCGUUCACACCUCACCAUAUGCAAGCAGCUUUUAAUCACUCUCUCUGGGCUGCUUCUGGUAUACCUGAAUUUUACCCAGAAUCUGAUUCUGAAUUAUUAUUAUGAUCUUUCUUCUUUGUAAUUAACUGUUGAUUCUUGUCUUCAUAAUUCCCUGGAAGCUGAGAUCUGGGGAUGGGUCAUCGAUUCAUCAUUCAUCGAUGAUGUAUGCGUAUGUGUGUAUUGUGUAUUAUGUAUAUGUAUACCGAGAAAUAGAGUACUAAUGGAGUGGAUUAAUCAGUAUGAAGUUGGGGGUUCUCAUUUCAGAA